GACGUCAUCCAGACGGGCCGGGCCACGCCCGGGCGAGGCGGGCGGGGCGGCGGCGGCGGGGCCGGGCGCGGAGCGGAGCGAUCAUGAGCACAGACGACUUGAUCGAGACUUUUCGGGUACAGCUGAGGGACGAUCCCGAUGUCGCCUCGGCCGUGGCCGCCAUCCGAGCGCUGCUGGGCUUCCUUAAGCAGGACCGAGGAGAGACCAUACAGGGCCUGAGGAGCAGCCUGCGGGCCGCCAUCGACACUCUGUCUCGAGUGGACUCCUCGGUGGCCGUCUCCUCCGGUGGAGAGCUCUUCCUGCGCUUCAUCAGCCUUACCUCGCUGGAGUACUCGGACUACUCCAAGUGCAAAGAAAUCAUGAUCGAGCGCGGGGAGAUCUUCCUGAGGAAAGUCUCUCUCUCAAGGAACAAAAUUGCCAAGCUAUGUCAUCCUUUCAUCAGAGAUGGUGCUCGAAUACUGACACAUGCCUACUCAAGAGUGGUUCUCAGAGUGCUAGAAGCAGCUAUUGAGUCAAAGAAGCGAUUCAGUGUUUACGUCACUGAAUCACAGCCAGAUCAAGCAGGGCAAAAAAUGGCAAAAGCCCUGAGGAAGCUGAACAUUCCAGUGACUGUGAUUCUGGAUGCUGCAGUUGGCUACAUUAUGGAGAAAGUGGACCUGGUGUUAGUUGGUGCUGAAGGUGUAGUUGAAAGCGGAGGCAUUAUUAACAAGAUUGGCACUAACCAAAUAGCUGUGUGUGCCAAAGCUCAGAACAAGCCAUUUUAUGUGGUAGCAGAAAGUUUCAAGUUUGUAAGGCUUUUCCCUCUAAAUCAGCAGGACGUCCCAGAUAAGUUUAAGUAUAAAGCAGACACUCUGAAAACAAGUCAGAAUCUAACACAGGAGCAUCCCUGGAUUGACUACACAUCACCAUCACUAAUUACCUUACUGUUUACAGACCUUGGUGUCUUAACUCCAUCAGCUGUCAGUGAUGAACUUAUUAAACUCUAUCUCUAAUAGAGGACUCAGUGUAUGGGAUCUAUCAUCUUCUUCAGUAACUGACAUGGUUGUAAGAACCUGGAAGAUCAUACAAGUUACAUGAACAUAAGUAGAUGACACUGUAAGGAUUCAUGUAAUUAUCAUCCUUCUUGGGAUUUUAAAGCUAAAGAUUACAUGUGGAUGGACCACUACUGGAAAAAAAACUAAUAUGCAAAUUACUACAACUUCUAAAGACCUAAAAUAAAUUAUUUCAGAGA